ACUUCCUCUCCGCCUUGCCCUUCCAUCUCACCCUUUCCAUACUGCUGGAAUCCUCCACCUGAUCGUUCAAUGAACCUCAACGACGUUCAGAAGGAGGUCAAUAUCGAUUCGGUCAUCGACCGACUGUUGGAAGUGCGAGGUAACAGACCGGGACGAAUUGUAAACCUGCACGAAUACGAGAUUAAACACUUAUGCGCUAAAGUGCGCGAAAUCUUCGUCGCACAACCCAUCUUAUUGGAGCUCGAAGCUCCAAUCAAGAUAUGUGGGGACAUACACGGCCAGUACUACGACUUACUGCGUCUGUUCGAGUACGGUGGUUUCCCCCCCGAGGCGAAUUACCUGUUCCUGGGCGACUACGUAGACCGCGGCAAGCAGAGCCUGGAGACCAUCUGUCUGCUUUUCGCGUACAAGAUCAAAUAUCCAGAGAACUUCUUCCUGAUUCGUGGCAAUCACGAGGCGGCGAGCACCAAUCGCAUUUACGGGUUCUAUGAUGAAUGCAAGCGCCGCUACAACAUCAAGCUGUGGAAGAUAUUCACCGAUUGCUUUAAUUGUCUACCCAUCGCCGCCAUCAUCGACGAUAAGAUCUUUUGCAUGCAUGGUGGGCUCAGCCCGGACUUGCAGAGCAUGGACCAGGUGCGGCGAGUGAUGCGGCCUACGGAUCUCCCAGACGAAGGACUACUGUGCGACCUCCUUUGGGCCGACCCGGAUAAGGACGUCACCGGAUGGGGGGCUAACGAUCGCGGUGUUUCGUACACGUUUGGCCCAGACAUCGUCACAAGGUUCUUGGACAAACACGACCUGCAGCUCAUCGUGAGAGCCCACCAGGUCGUCGAGGACGGGUACGAGUUCUUCGCCAAGAGACAGCUCGUAACUCUCUUCUCCGCUCCGAACUACUGUGGAGAAUUCGACAAUGCUGGGGCGAUGAUGAGCGUGGACGAAAGUCUCCUGUGCUCAUUCCAGAUUCUUAAACCGGCGGAGAAGAAACCCGGAAGGUCAAGUACCAGUACCAUGAAGAAGAAAGGCAAGGCUACCCGUUUUGCGGACUCUCAAAGCCCAUAUGGAGACAAUUUCGGCUCGUACGGCGGUUCGCGGUAAACCGAGGAUGUUCAACCGCACCUUCAAUACCAACGUGGUCGUUCAGCCGUCUAUGGAGAACACCUCCUGAUUUCAAGGUUCUCAAUCAGGUGUACAGUAACAGGCGAAGCAUACGACACGAGUUUUGCAAUCGCAUGGACACUGGAGGGUCCAUCAAGGCGUGCUUGCACGUUCCACUUCAUCACAACCAACAUUCC